CAUCCAUUCAUGCAUCCCUGAGUAAAGAUUCGUAAAAAAAUCAUCAACAUCAAGCAAUAGCUAGAAACAACCACUUUAUUGGAUUGCUGAACCAGCCUAAAGAUUUUGCAGAGCUUAGGAAUACAAAAUGGGUAAAACUUCUAAAGACAAACGUGAUAUCUACUACAGGUUAGCUAAAGAAGAAGGGUGGCGCGCCAGAAGCGCAUUUAAAUUAUUGCAAAUUAAUGAAGAGUACAAUAUAUUCGACGGAGUCUUACGAGCAGUAGACCUUUGUGCAGCUCCUGGAAGUUGGAGUCAGGUGCUAACGAAAAAACUGCGACAAAACGCUGAAAAUGACGAGGACGUUAAAAUAGUGGCAGUAGACUUGCAGGCAAUGGCUGCUUUACCCGGAGUGAUUCAAAUCCAAGGCGAUAUCACGAAGCUUUCUACAGCUAAUGAAAUAAUCAAAGAGUUCAAAGGACUGAAAUCUGAUUUGGUGGUCUGUGAUGGGGCACCUGAUGUGACAGGAUUACAUGAUAUUGAUGAAUAUGUUCAGUCCCAACUUUUACUUGCUGCAUUGAACAUUACUACACAUGUAUUAAAACCAGGCGGUGUGUUUGUAGCCAAAAUAUUUAGAGGAAAAGAUGUAACUUUGCUGUAUUCUCAAUUAAAACAGUUUUUCAAAUUUGUUACUGUUUCCAAACCUCGGAGUUCCAGGAAUUCAAGCAUUGAAGCUUUUGUUAUAUGUCAAAGCUAUGAACCACCUGAGGGUUAUGUGCCCACUAUGGUAAAUCCCUUACUUGAUCAUAAAUAUUGUGAUUUUAAUCAGUUCACAGGACCAAACAGAUUUAUUGUUCCGUUCAAUGCUUGUGGAGACUUGAGCGCUUAUGACUCUGAUACAUCAUACCCAUUAUUACUUGAAGGCCAAAGUUCUUAUGAAUACAAAGAACCCGUACAAGGACCUAUUAACCCACCUUAUAAAGAAGUAUUGGAUAAAAUUAAAGGACCUUAAAAAUUUUA